AUGCCACCAAAAGCAGAGAGAGGAGCUACCUCGCGGGGUAGACCUCGAGGAAGAGGAAGAGGAAUUGCCAUCGAAGCUGUUGAAACGCCAGAACUCAUUGGUGUUCUUGAACAAUCUACCCAACCUACCCAAUCUACCCAAUCUCCUGCGCCAGUUGAACCAGUUGCACCAGUUGCGCCGAUGACACAAUCUGCGGGCAUCAUUACCCCAAAAGUCGAACCCAAUGACGACGCAUUUGAUCCAAAUACCUCACCUGCCACAAUGCCUGCCGAGACACCCGCGACUACCCCUGCGAAACCCCCUCCAAGAACGGAAAGUGCGAUCAUAAGGGGACGUGGUGGGGCAAGUACGAGGGCACGAGGAGAAUCUACUGGAAGAGCUAGAUUUAAGCCUAAGAAUAUUAGAAGAGAUCAAGCAGACAGAGAAAGAUUGGAGCAGGAGGAGAGAGAUAGAAAAUCGGCGAAUCAGGCACAAGCGGAAAAAGAAGCACGCAGGGCUCAGAGAGGACGGGGACAGGUUGGAAGAGGUAGAGGUGAUGCGAUGGGUCAAAAUCGUGGGGCAGGAAGAGGAGAUCCAAUUUCGAGUGCUACUGGUAUCUUCAGUGUUGCGCCAGCUGCAAUGGAUAGAAAGGGAGGUAUGGGUGGGUUCGCUAUCGCGACGGCAAGAGGCAGCGGAGGAGGCGGAGGUGGUGGAAGUGGAGGCUUUGGAGGCGGUGGUGGAGGAGGAGGUGGAGGUGGAGGUGGAGGAGGAGGAGGCGGAGGAGGAUCUGGAUCAGGAAUUGGAGGAGGAGGAGGAGUGAAUGUGCUCUCUGCAGAAAACUCGGCCACGUUCGACCCAGAAUAUCCCGACGAAGGUGAUGGACAAGUGAGGAAAGUCAAUAUUGAAAUGAUUAAUUUGGUCGAAGAUGAUGACGAUGACGACAUGGUUGGCUCUGGCAGAGGAGGCAAAGUUGGUUUUAAAUCGCGAUCCCUCGCACCGAUCCGAAUCAAACGUGAAGAACAUAAGGAACGCUCGAAUAUGAUGGUUAGUGAUCCGGAUCUUGCAGAGGUAGUCAAGAAGCAAGCCGGUAAAGCAGAAGGAAAUCAAGCUGGGGAAGAUGUUGAGAUGACUGUCGACGGAGUAACCUCCACCGGGAGUUCCGACGAGCCGAGAGCAAAAGGUGAACCUGGUCUCGAAUCUCCAACUUUGUCAAAAUUCCCCGAGUUCAAAGCACCGUCUUCGCCCGAAGAGAAGAAGCCUCCGAAGACGGAGCCUGUUUCUCCGCAACAAUCCAAAAUACAACGACCUAGUAGAAAGAAGGAUAAGAUGCCUGUUAUACAAACGGAGGAGGACAAAUUCGAAUAUGAACGUUAUCUUGAGGAUGUGGACAUACUUGCCGAAGAACUUCGUCUAUUGAGAGGAACUGUGGACACAACACCCAAUGAUAAAGGCAAAGGAAAGGCGAUCGAUGCUGAUGGAGACGUUGGAAUGGACGGAGAAAAAGAAGAAGAAUCUCAGCCAGAAGCUAAUCAUGCAGACGGUCGGAUAUAUAUAUUCCAAUUUCCACCUGUUCUACCUCGACUAUUCAACCCUCAAGUCGAGGAUCAGGAAGAUGCCAUCGUGACCCAAUCCUCAGAGCAAAUCGAUCUUACCGAUGACAAAGACAAAACAAUCAAGAAGGAAUCCGAAGAAGUCAUCAUAAAGGCCGAACCCAAUCCCACCCCAGAAAACGAGGAGUUGAUCAGUGAACAAGGAUACAUUGGGAAGUUGGUCGUAAGGAAGAGUGGUAAGGUAGAAUUAGAUUGGGGUGGCACAAGUAUGGCAGUAGGUCGUGGUGUUCCAGCUGCUUUCUUGAGUCAAAUCGUUCUUGCCGAGGAUCCUAAGGGUGAGGCGCCAGAAGGUGUCGCGACAGGAUUGGGGAAGGUGAUGGGUAAGUUUAUCGUUACUCCUGAUUGGGAAAAGAUUUUCUAG